AUGGGAGACAUUGCUUUGUCGCAAAGAAUGAAGGAAGGGAAAGGCGUAUUAGCGAAGCAUGUGCAUGUGGCUGUGAAGUUCAAGAUAACCGCCACAGGAUUGGUGACUCACUGUUUAGACGCAGAAGGGGUCCAAGGACAGAAAAGUAAUUUCCUUUGCUUCUCCACGUCUAUAUCAAAUGUUGGUUGGAGUUUAAGAUUACGGAGACGAAAUCGCGAGAGGACGAACGAAACGGAAGACGAGAACAGAGCACUGUGA